AUGAGCGCCUCGUCCGAGAAAGGCGACGCUGCCACCGAGGCAUCUGGAAACGCGCCGGAUGGCGCGACCUUGACGGCCCUCAGGAGGUUCAUCGCCGACAACGAGAUGGACUACAACUUCCCUCAGGGCCUCGUCGACCGCGCCCGCGAGUUUCUCCGACACUCCCACACGACGGAUUUGGAAUCCGCCCAAGGCCUCAUGGCAGACAUUGAGCAGCACAACGCGCUGGCUCGCAAUCACAGCGCCUACGCAGAAGUACGCGCCGUCGUGGACGCAACCGACGACCCGACCGAACUCGUAGCCACGUUCCGCGUCUUCGUCAUGGGGACCAUCUUCAGCAUUGCCGGCUCCGCCAUUGAGCAGUUCUUUGCGCUGCGCAUGCCCACCAUAAACAUGUCCCCCUACAUGGUGCAGCUCGUCAGCAUGCCCUUUGGCGUCCUCCUGGCCAAGGCUUUGCCCGCUCGCACCUUUGGUCAGGGCACAUGGUGGGCAUUCUCCCUCAACCCGGGCCCCUUUACCCAAAAGGAACACCUGCUCAUUGCCAUGAUGGGGAACGUCACCUUUGGGGCGCGUCUGUCGGGCGCGUACAUCAACAGCAUCGUGCAGGUGCUCAAGCUACCCGUCUUCUACGGCGAAACCACGCUGGCCAAUAGCAUCCCCUGGCAGGUAUGCACCUUGUUGUCCACGCAGCUGAUGGGAUACGGCUGUGCCGGGAUGGCCAGGCGGUUUCUGGUCUACCCGCCUGCCAUGAUUUGGCAGCGGCCUCUUGCCAUCAUCGCCCUCACAAAGGCCUUGCACAAGGACCACGGUCAGAAUGCCAGGGCGGCUGUAAACGGGUGGACCAUGUCUCGCUACCGCUUCUUCGUCCUUUGCUUCUCCGCCAUGUUCGUCUACUACUGGGUCCCGAACUACUUGUUCCAGGCGCUCGCGCUGUUCAACUGGAUAACGUGGAUUUCGCCUCGGAGCGUGGUGCUGGCCAUCAUCACCGGAGCAAGCUGCGGCCUGGGCAUCAAUCCGCUUCCCACGCUCGACUGGAACAUCGCCACCUACCUUGGCGAUCCCAUCAUCACGCCGCUCUUCACCAUUAUGAAUCUCGCUGCGGGCAUGGCCUUGACGGGGUUCUUGGUCGCGCCGUUUCUUUACUUCAACAACGUGUGGAACGGGGCCCAUUUGCCCAUCAAUACCAACAAGAUAUACGACAACAAGGGAAACGUCUACAACGUUCAUCGGGUUCUGAAGGCGGACAUGACUCUCGAUCAGGCGGCGUACAGAAAUUACAGCAUUCCCUGGCUGUCGACCAUGCAGAUCCUAAACUACGUUUCGCUGUUCGCCAUGUACGCCUCCAUCCCCGCCUACAUCUGCUUGCACUACCGCAAGGCCAUCACGACGGGUGUCAAGUCGCUCACGUCUAGGAAGCCUCGGUGCGAGGAGUUUACCGACGUGCAAAACCGCCUCAUGUGCGCGUACAAGGAGUGUCCGCAUUGGUGGUACCUCGGCAUCCUCGUCUUGUCCUUUAUCCUGGCGUGUGUAUCCGUCAGCAUGUGGCCAACCGGCAUGCCGAUAUGGGGCAUCGUCGUAGCUGUCGGCUUCACCAUUCUCGUCCAGAUCCCUCUGGGCAUGUUGUGGGCCAUUACAAACAUGGAGGUGCCAACCAGCAUCCUCGCGCUCGCGCUGGGCGGCUACGUCCUGGAGGGAAAGCCCGUUCCCAACAUGAUGUUCAAAAUGUUUAGCUUCAUGUCCACGUCGCAGUCGCUGAACUUCACAGCCGACCUCAAGCUGGCGCACUACGGGAAGAUCCCUCCGCGGUGGGCAUUCGCGGCGCAGGUGUACGCCACCCUCAUCGCGGGCUUCGUCUCCCUAGCCGUCAACCACUGGGUCCUCGACAACAUGGAGGACUUGUGCACCGAGAGCCAGAAGGACCGGUUUACCUGCCCGCACGCGUACAGCUUCUUCAAAGCCUCGGUCAUCUGGGGCGUCAUCGGCCCGCGGCGGCUGUUCGGGCCCGACGGACCGUAUGCCAAGCUGGUAUACGCCGUUCCCGCCGGAGCCGUCCUCCCCGUGCUGGUGCAUCUGCUGCACCGGCGGUGGCGCACAUCGUGGCUGCGCAACGUCAACGUCCCGGUGUUCCUGGCCGGGCCCAUGUGCUGGUCGCCGUUCAACUGGAGCUACAUGCAGGGCACGGUGAUGCUGGCCCUGUUCUUCAACUUUUUCGUCAAGAGGCGCCAUCUGCUGUGGUGGGAGAGGUACGCCUACGUCAUGACGAGCUCGUUUACGGCGGCCAUCGGCAUGGCGGGCCUGGCCAUGUUUUUCACGCUGCAGAAGUGGGAUAUCCGCCUCGACUGGUGGGGGAACCGGGUGGGCAAGAUGGGGGUGGACAUGGGGGGGUUGAGGGAGGCUGGGCAAGUCGUCAAGUGCGUCUUCUCGCCGGAGGAGUUUGCGAGCGGCUUUUGA